GGGCCGUCCCGGCGUGCUGCGCGCCGCGCACACAACGCCGUUUCCCGUCAGCCUCUCUUCCUUUCGGGCCCGGCCGCCGCCCGCUUCGCAACAGCCGCCAUCAUGAAGGUCGAGCUGUGCAGCUUCAGCGGGUAUAAGAUCUACCCGGGACAUGGGCGCCGCUAUGCCCGCACUGACGGGAAGGUUUUUCAGUUCUUGAAUGCAAAAUGUGAGUCUGCAUUCCUUUCCAAGAGAAACCCUCGUCAAAUCAACUGGACUGUUCUGUAUAGACGUAAACACAAGAAAGGACAGUCGGAAGAGAUACAAAAGAAGCGCACGCGUCGUGCUGUUAAGUUUCAGAGAGCUAUCACUGGAGCGUCUUUAGCUGAGAUUAUGGCUAAACGGAAUCAGAAGCCUGAAGUACGAAAGGCGCAGAGGGAACAAGCUAUUAGGGCUGCAAAAGAAGCAAAGAAGGCUAAGCAGGCAACCAAGAAAACGGCUGUUUCUGCUGCAAAGGCUCCGACAAAGGCAGCACCUAAGCAGAAGAUUGUGAAACCAGUCAAGGUUUCUGCUCCCCGUGUUGGUGGAAAGCGCUAACUUGCCAAACUGUUGGUCAUGCUUAAUAAACAUCUGACUAACGUUCAUUA